UGGCCAUCAUUAAAAAAAUAACAAAAUGAAACUACAGCUCGCCCUUUGCGCACUUCUCGUGGUUUCCUGCGGACUGGCCCAAGCCUACAGCGGCAACGGUCGGCCGGGCUGCAAGACCGAGGCGGAACUUGAAAUUGGAGUUUUCCGCAACGACUGGGACCCCACUGCGUACUGGAAGUGCGAGGCACUCAACAAGGCUGGCGUCGAAGUGAGGUGCCCCAGCGAUACGGGAUUCAUGGAGAGUCUCAAGAACUGCGUUGCCUGGGAGGAAUGGGAGUGGGAGACCCCGGUGGCCCCGCUCAGCGAGCCAGAUGAGUGACCCAACAUGAAACAGAACAGCAAAAUGUGACAAUUUGUGUUGUUGUUGAUAUUUGAGAAUAAAAAGCUGUGUUAGGCGGUGUUGGCGGCAUGCGCAGCGAAA